CCAGUGCAGCUGAGGCGCUCCGGACGUCGAACCCGGGACCAUCGUCAGCGCCGACAUGAGGACCUCGCUAGUGGUGAUGGUGUGUUUGGUGGCAGUGGCGGUGGUGCUGGCUCAGGACGAACCACCAGACUCUCAGCAGCAGCUGGACUUCACGCCUUUCACUGGGCCAGGGUCAGGCGGGGGUGGGGAAGGUGGAGGAAGAGGGGAAGGCGAGGGGGGAGGGGACGAGCAGCAGGCAGGGUCUUCCAGGCAGGGGGCGGACGCUGCCAACGGUGGUGGGAACGGGGAUGGAGGUAUCAGUGCUGGGGCAUAUGGCACUGUCAGCAUCCCACCCCCACAGAACAACAGGCCCUCUUCCAGCGGCUCAGCGCAGCUGUCUGUUCAGAACUUGAUCAACCCUCAGCUCGUCGCGUCUGUGAAGAAUGCCAUCGCUGGAGCAGCAUCGGCAGCUGCGGCUCAGAAGGCAGCAGCAGCAAAGGCGGUCGCAGGAGCAGUGGCGACAAAGGCGGCGUCGACGGCAGUGAGCAUCGCGGGGGCGGCGGCCUACAAGGCAGGGGUAGCGACGCGGCUGAAGCUGCAGGCACUGGCCAACGCGGUGCGCAGGCCGAGACCCAGACCCACCGGCACCUCGAGGCCGCCAGCCACCGGCGCCCCGCCGGUCAGCCCGGAACCCUCGCUGGCCCCCGUGCCGGAGCCCGCUCCUGGGGGUGGUGUCCCGGGCGGUGACGUUAGCGGCAGUGGUGUCAGUGGAGGCAGAGGUGGCGGAGGCAGCAGAGGUAACGGUCAGGGGGACGGAGGUCUGCUGGGUGACUUCGGAGACACGCUGGCCUUCCCUGGAGGUGAGGCUGGCUUCCAGGGCACAGGGUUCGACUUUGGAGUGGGCUUUGGCGCCGGUGAAGGUGUCGCAGAUGGAGGACAAGCGGCUGUUGGCACACAUCCGCAGUUUUCAUUUGACCACUUGCAAGGUGGUUUUGGAGGCAGUGACUUUGGAUUUGGCUUUGGCUCCUACGUUCCAGCAGUUGGAGAUGUCGGAGGAGGGCACCACAUUUGGUGACAGUGGCUGACGCAGAAUGUUAGCAUAUCCAAAGACUGAAAAAUACCAUAUAAUCAACAUUCCUAAGCUGUCAAGGACAAACACUUGACUUCUCUCACUGUAUCUGACAUAUUUCAUUGUUUCUGUGUUCACUUGCGACAUGUCAUACACAUCACAAAUAUGGUAUCCACUAGUGACUGACUCAUUUGUAGUAAAAUUUUGAACAUUUCAAAUGACUUAGCUGCUAUGAAAUAUAAUUGCAAUCUUCAGUGAAAGAUAUAAGUGAAAUUCAGAAAAUAAAACAGUAAGAGGGCUAAAAAUUAUCUCACUUGGGCACACUUUGAUAAUUCACACUCAGUUUCUUUUGCCACAUCAUAUUUGGAUAAUAUCUGUGGCUCUUAAUGGGUGUUUCCAUUUGUUAGUAAGAAAUGAGCAACUAUAAUUUGGAAAUUAGUUUGGAUUCUCCUUUCAUGCUCUGUACCCAACGUAUGAUGCGCUAUGUUGCAUCAAAGCCACAGAGUUGUAGUAAUUGUUUUAGUCUUCAGUCCAAAGACUGGUUUAAUGCAGCUCUCCAUGCUACCCUACCCUAUCUUCAUCUCUGAAUAACUACUACAACCAACAUCCCUUUGAAGUACUUACUGUGUUCAUCCAUUGGUUUCCCUUCUACAAUUUUUGUCCUUCACACUCCCCUCCAUUAGCAAAUGAACAGUUUCUUGACACCUCAGGAUGUGUCAUAUCAACUGAGCCCUUCUUUUAGUCAACAUGUGACAUAAAUUUAUCUUUUCCCCAAUUCUAUUCAAUAUCUCCCAUCUGCAAUUCAACCUACCCACCUAAUCUUCAGCAUUCUUCUGUAGCACCACAUUUCAUGUCUGAACUGCUUACCAUUCACAUUUCACUACCAUACAAGGCUACACUCCAGACAAAUAGCUUCAUAAAACACUUUCUAAUACUAAAAUUGAUGUUAGAUCUUAACAAACUCCUCUUUGUCAGUUUGCUGCUUAUAACAUCUCUACUUUGGCCAUCAUCAGCUAUUUUACUGCCCAAAUAGCAAAUCCCAUCUACCACUUUUAGUGUCUCAUUUCAUAAUAUAAUUCUCUUAGCAUCACCUAAAUUAAUUUGAUGUCAUAGAAAAUUUUAAGUCACAGAGAAAUUUGAUGUCACAGAGACGGCACUGAAUUUUCAUAUAAUGUAGCAUACUACACAACCAAAAAAAGCAUACAGAACCUCUGACACAAAGUUAUUCACAGCAUCAUUGUUAACAUUAUAAUUUAAACAAGGUACCAGUUGUACUUACUUUGUGAUCUCUUUAUAUCAAAUGUCCAUUUCUAUAAACAAAUAACUGUAUAAUGACUGUUCAAAAUUUUUUAGAAAAGUGUCAGAUGUCUGAUCUCAUUAUACAUCUGUAAGAACAUACCCAGAGGAUGGGAGGGGGCAGUGGAGGCCAACUGAUCCCUCCCCUCCAAGAAGAAAGAGGGCAGAAAAAAAUAACUUAAAAAAACCAAACUUGCAUCCUAGAAAGUCGGACAGAGAGAUAUAUCAACUGAGUGUCAGUUUGAAGAA